GAGGUUGUGGUUUGCCCAGUUCACUGUUGGACCGGCCAGAGCUCACUCGGUCGGCUGUUCCUCGUGCCCUCCCUAUUGACCAGCAAUACCCAACUCUCAGCCCUCAGCCAAGCGUCGCCCGACACACGUACAGUUAACAUAGGACGCUAAACGCUGAACUGAAGUGAUCAACCAACUCUGUUUUUAGGAACGAUUAACAUACAGACACUUGACAGUCAACUCUGUAUUUAAUUUACUACAUAAAGGCAAAACAAGCAGACAAUAAUCUCUAGUGUGGACUUGGUGCCAUAAGUCAUGCCAGCCAGACAGGCCAGCAGCGCGUGACCUGACCUGACCUCAACGUAGACACAAGGACUUAAUAUGUGAUUGUGACCACUUCACUUCCAGCCGUAGCUACAGCAGGAGACGAACACAGGGGCCUCCAAGCGUCCCCCCCCCACCCCCCCUCCCAAAAAGACACCACCGCUGCAGCAGAAGUUAUGGUCCCCCCAGCGUCACCUCCGUCAGUAUGAAGGUGUCUCCCCGUUGCUUGUGUCAGGUGUUGGUGGCGGCGGCGUGUGUGGUGGCCACGGUGGGGCUCUCCAGAGACCAGCUCACCAGCGGCUCCGAUGCUCCCGCCAGACGAAUGAGGAAGACGGAGUACGACAAGUGUUCUCAUCCCUUCCACUCCUGGCUGUGUAGCCCGAGUCCUGCGGCGAGGAAGCGUUUCCCUGUGUCCCCUCCCUCUACCACGACCCGGAGGCCGCCUCCACCCACCACUACACCUCCACCACGUCAAGGCUCCCUCCUUGAUGCCGAGCCUUCAAGAGUAGGAAAGCCCCAGUCUGUGCCUUUCCCAGGUUCACCUUCAUCUCCUCCUCCUACCGUCCCACCACCACCUCCACCUACCACACAACCUCCUCCACCACCUACUACACCACCUCCUCCACCACCUACUACACCGCCUCCUCCUCCACCUACCACACCUGUUCCUCGUCGAGGUAGCAUCUUGUUCUCCGAAGCAACACAAGCUAGGAAAGGAGGAAUCUCCGACUCCGUACCUGCCCCAGGUCCUCCUGUACCGCCACCUACGGUUCCUCCACCAUCCUCCACGCCUUACGACAGGUGCUCCCACCCCCUACACGCGUGGCGGUGCAGGACUUCUAGUACCACCCCAGCCCCGCCACCCACCAGGAGCGCCUUCGGUGACUUCCCUGAUGCCUCCUUCACUGCGAGGGUGCAGCAGCUGCCCGAGGCCCUUCCAACACCCACUACACCUGCACCUCCACCACCCAAAACUUAUGACAAAUGUUCACAUCCAUUCCACUCGUGGUUAUGUCAGCCGGCACCAAAACCCAGGACCACCCAUCGCCCACCACGCCCACCCACAACUCCCCGUCCACCACCACCGCCCACAACCGAAGCACCUGCAGGGUCUGGUGUAUUCCCCGACGCCACCAACUUUCGGCGUGGCUCAAUACUCUUCUCGGAGGCCUUAUUCCCGUCACCUCCUCCACCCACCACAACCACACCCCCUCCUCCACCCACUACAACUCCCUAUGAUAAGUGUAACCAUCCUCUCCACGCCUGGCGCUGCCAAAAGUCCACAAGACCACCGUCGACGGAGGAUCCUUCCCCCGCCGGAGGUUUACUCGACCCUGAGCCGGCCAACAUCCCAGCAGGAGUGGUGCUGCCUGCCCCGAUGACCAACACGCCACCACCUGCACGACCCAGGAGUUUCCCCACGACACCUAAGCCCUCGUGGGAUGGCGCAGACCCCUGCUCCCACGCAUUCCACUCUUGGCUCUGUAAAACACCAAGUCCUCGAAUCACGCUUCCUCCAUCAACACGCCCCCCUCCCCCUCCUACAACAACACCACCGAGACAAGGAACACUGCUCAGUCCAGAUGCAUCAUUCCUGCCUCCAGCAUCCAUCUUCUUCCCUGACAACUCUCUUACCACCACCACAACAACCACAACUCCUCCACCACCACCCACAACAGAGCCUCCACCACCCCCUACAACAGAGCCUCUACCACCUCCUACAACAGAGCCUCCUCCUCCCUCUACUUUAGCCCCAGCUUCAGGAAGCUUUUUGGCCGCUGAACCCUUGUUUCUGCGACAAGAGCCCCUGGCAACCCCAGAAUUAGACCCACAGCCAGAGCCAGAACCCACACUCACCGACUUCUGUAACCAUCCCUUCCACAGCUUCCUGUGUGAUAAGCCCAAGAGGCGCUUGAGUAAACCCUCUCUAAGACUCACCACUGCCGCCAAACCACCCUUGGACGAACCCGAACCUGGAGCCUCAUUCCUCGCCCCUAAAACCAGGACAGAUCCAAAAGGGCGUGGAAGCUUCCCCGACACACUUGCCAACCCAACAACACCAGCGACCGACUACAAGUGCAACCAUCCGUUCCACUCGUGGCGGUGUCGUCCAGCCUCAGAAGGAUCCAAAACCCAGGGAACGGUGACCACCUCCAACACCUUCCUGGUGGGGGUAAAAGAAAUACCUAACAUCCAGAACCUGCCACUGGAAGGUGACAAUGAUGCCGAAGUCACAAGAUUUCAGUCGCUGAGGAAAUUGGGAAAUUCGUUUGGCGGUUUGAGAGACGAGAACAGCAACUCUGCUGUGUCGACCAUCACAGAGUCACCUGGAUUCAUCCCCACCGUCCCAACUAUUCCAGGCGUUCCUACCAUUCCUACUGUCCCCACGACUCCUCAGCCCAUUCCAACAGUUCCUACAGUUCCAGGAUUCAUACCUACUGUUCCUACUGUGCCUCCUACCUCAGCGUCUCGGAAUUCCUUUGGGCAAGGCAGCAAGGCACGGUCCUCCCGCCAGAAGGGCCGCAAAGUCCUGCGGAGAGCGCCAGCUAGCCUCUACUCCUCUUCCCUUGAUGGACACUCACGCGAACCAGGAUUUUCUGGCGAGUUUGUUGCCUCACCAUCAGUCCUUCACCCUAGUGUAGCUGCCCAGAGCCUUGUACGUGUCCCUCCUCCUCCAAGUUCGUCUCACUUCUUGCCCGACUCAUCUUCUGAUACUUCUCCUCCUCUGUCUCCAAAUUGGACAGUUUCUUCCUCGCUUCCUUCCUUUUUCAUCUCACCUGCUCCUAAACCUCACAGUUUGUUCUUCUAUUCCCCACAUGAUUCUUCCACGCAUUCUCCAUCUACCCCUCCUUCUCCUCACCCACGUUCCUCUUCAAACCCAUCUUCCCCUCCUCGCCCACCUCCUUCUCCUCCUCCACCUGUUUUUCCCCCGCCACUUCCCUCUCAUCCACGUUCAUCUUUCUACCCCUCGCAGUUCUCCCUCCCCGAUCCACCCUCAGAAGCUGCCUUUCCUCCUCCCCCUUCACCGAGGCAGCCAGACCCUACGUCACACAGAGCCCGGACAGUGUCGACCUCUCCACAGAAGGUUGGCCCACCACCUCCCCGUCCGCCACACCUACCAACAGAGGGCGACGAGACACCCACACAAGAUGAGGCUCUGAUAGCUCAAGGUUCCUCCCCUUCUGUAGUGAGACUGGCCUUACCUUCACACCAAACAUUUCUUGGAGUUCACACGUUCGAACCCCAGCGGACAAUCCCGAGAAAACUGUACGUCAUCUAGACUCCCCACAACCACCACCACCAUCAUCACUACUCCUGGAUCAUGGAAAUGGUAUGGUACAUCACCUAAGAACUCCUGCUGAUGAUUAUAUCCCAUGGAGGUGCUCCAUUGUUUAGAUGUCUCAGAUCAUACUCAAAUGCCCCCCAGAUCAUGUCUCAUGGAACCUAAACCUUAUGAGUCCUGGAGUGUUAAACUAUCAUUGUCAAAAGGGUUAAACCAUUGCCAAAGGUUUAAAUUAUCGUUGUCAAAGAGGUAAACCCUCAUCAUCAUAAGGUUAAACCAUCAUCAUCAAAGGUUUAAACCAUCGUCAUCAAAGAGUUAAACUCUUGUUGUCAAAGGAAAAAGUUUAAACCAAGUAAAUAAAACAGGAAAACAAAUCUAUCCGACCAGACCUAAAACCCAGGCUGUUUAUAGGUUAAGUGAACUACGGUGAUUAUUGAAACCAUCCAUCGUCGUGUUGUGAGGUGAAAACAUUGAAUAUAAAACUUAACACUGAGAGUUUUUGUCUUGGAAAAAAAAAAAAAAACAGAAAAAAUAACACACACUAUAAUAUUUACAGAAGAGAGCAGGUUAUACCCUCUAACCUAACCUACAGAGACAACUUGGUCAAACAUUGUGAAUCAUUCCCUCUCUCUUUCCAUAAUGUAAGACUGAUUUACUUCUUGAAAGCCAAAAAAGAAAGAAAGAUUAUUAUAUGUUGCUCUGCUAAACUAGAUAUACUUCUGAAAUAUAGCUUCGUCUGUAUGGAUAUAUAGACAUACUAACCAUAUAUUAAGUGGGUCAGUGUUUACGCCUGGGCUGGUCUUAAGGCAUGGGGGAGGGGAGGGGGGAGGGGUAGCCAAGUGCUGUAUUUAAUAUGUUACUCCUUAGAUUAAGUCUGGUGAUCCCUGGCGGCGCUGUGCUUCUUGCUGCUUAUACUUGACUGUUUUUUUUUAAUGUUUAGCUAGUGAUUUUUUUUUAGAUACAAAACACUCUACUCGUUCCUUUAAACUGACACGUUAAGUUUACAUUGUAUAUAGAAUUAGUAUAAAACCAUAUACAGUACAGCAGAUGACCAUUAAUGCUGCCACAAUGUACAUAAUGUAUCAAGACUAUGUAGGUUUAAUGUCGCCUACUGUGGCCAAGAUGACUGACUGCCUUAAGGGGCCUAGCGGGUCUGGGUCUGUCCCUCAAAAUCACUGUAAAAAUAAAGUCAAGUCAGUUAGUCAGUCUCAGCACUGUAGGUCAUAUCUUACCAACAUGGUCUUCUGGCGUCGUCAUGAAAGGAAUAAAAAUUGUGAAGCUGAAGCCAAAUUUUCAGAAAAAAGAAGAAUUGGGAGUGUCCUGAAAAGGGUGGCAGGGAAGGAGGAGGAGGAGGACCCACCCACCAGUGACAUGAAGGCAGUGGUGGUUCUCUGCGGCACAAAGCACCACAACUACAGCUUUGUAAUUAGUUUAGUCCUGACAGCGACAUUACUAUCCUCCACCACAGGCUGGCUCCUGAGGUGUGGCUAAGGAUGAUGUAGCUGCCUUAAUAUUAAUAAUAGUUAUAGCUGUUGCAUGUUGCUGUGGGUGAUGAUAGUCGGCAAAGAGCCACACCACGAGAGCUGCCAGGGAGCACCACACCAUGAGAGCCACCAGGGAGCACCACACCAUGAGAGCCACCAGGGAGCACCACACCAUGAGAGCCGCCAGGGAACACCACACCAUGUAUUCACCACCACAGAUCUCAUUUACUCGACCCAAGAACCAUUGUCUAGGAGAGUAAACACAGCUCCUGUUCUUGAUGUCUCGUCUCUGCGCCCAGUUGUCAUUUUUACUGGUGUUAGAUGGUGUACCGCCUCGGCUUGAACAGUCCAUAAGGAGGAGGAGGAGGAGGAGGACUUCCAAACUCAUUAUUUGGAUCCUACUGUAUGACGUUGUAUCCUCAUGUGAGUGUGACUUAUAAAGCCAGCUUAACAGAAGUAGUCGUGGUCAGUACUGGAUGCUGAACCGCUUUAGAUAUAUUAUUAUUAGCUUUGGGUUAACCGGCUGGGCCGAUUAUUACCACGCACGUCACACACACACACACUUAGGGUGGCACUAAGAUUGGCCCUCAUGAAUUAAUCUUAGUGCCACACCUUAUGAACCAAUCUCAGUGCCACACCUUAAGGUACGACUGGCUGGCUGGACCAGUAACAAGCGUACUCGACGAUCCUGAUGAAUGAAGAUGCGGCCACUGUUAUUUUAACUGUCGGUGAUAUAGUACACGUUAACAGUCAGAAAAAGUUAACUGUACGAGCAACAAUAAACUUUCUUUUACGUAGAGCUAAGGUGAGAUACUGUAACCCUGGACCUGCUACACUGAGUGACCAGCUGUUUCAUCACUAUAAACUCUUAUUGUUGUGUUAUGUUGCAUCACUGCCUGUCCUUUGUAGAGGCUUUACUAUAAACAUACACUGAAACCUCUAUUUAACGGACUAUAUGGAGAGAAAAGUCCGUAAUAUCGAGGGUCAGUUAGAUGUGAAACCCUCCAUCUAACGGAUUAUAUGGAGAGAGAAGUUCGUUAUAUGGAGGUUUUACUGUAUGUGUUAUUAUAUUCUUAAUGAACCAGACAUAACAGCCUCGUGUGUAACCGUGUCUAGGCACCAAGAAAUGCUAACAUAUAAAUCUCAUUGUGAGGCUGUCUGUAAGCUGAUGUAACCAAUCAGAUGUCAGAAUCAGAUAAUAUAACCACAGUUCAGAAAUCUGGGAGCUGAUUGGUUGACCCUCUAGCCUGUGACCUAAAGUAACCAAUCAAGCACCGGAGACAGCUGGUGUCUGUAUAUAACCCCGUGUAUUAACAAAAGCUUGUAAACAAUAAAUCUAAUGCAUCA